UAUAUAUCGAUCGGCGUUCGAUCGGAGCAUCGGAGUUGAAAGUGAAUCAAUUCUUACUGGCUUUCUGUAGCAAAUAACUGGUAAAUGACGCGAGCCUCUCUCGUGACUGUGUUGAUGCUACUUUGCAUAGCACGGAGUAUCCGUUCUCAGAUUUACCAAAAUAUGUCGAGUCUCGCCGGCGUGCAUUCUGUGGCGUAUGUCACCGUGCCAGACGAUGCAGUUGCAAAAAGAUUAGCACGAGGUCUAGUCGAAAACAAGCUCGCUGCCUGCGUUAACAUCAUCCCGCGACUCAUGUCCAUAUACGAAUGGGAAGGAAAGAUACAAGAAGAGUCUGAACUUUUACUGAUGAUAAAAACUAAGACGGAGAAAGUAGAUGCUUUAACAAAAUAUGUCAAAGAAAAUCAUCCGUAUACAAUUUGCGAAGUAAUCUCUUUGCCCAUACAAAAUGGUAACAGCGAUUACCUGAAGUGGAUCAGCGAAGUGGUACCAUCACUUGAUAAAAACGCUUAAUAUAAUUAAGAUAUAUGAUAUAUACUCAUAACAAUGACUAUGUUUACACGACAUCCUUAAUCGGGUUUAAUAACAUCUGUAGUUUAUAAAACUGACCAAUCAUAGCUAUUCCUGUGAAGAAUGGAAUGACUGUGAUUGGCCAGUUUCAUAACCGUGGAUGUUAAUAAACCUGAUUAAAGACGCCAUAUAAAGGUAGUCAAUAAUUUAUUAAUAAGAUUGAGAUUAGUAAAACCUAUUUACUUUCGAUAACUGACUCCCGACUCAUUAUCAAACUCCGGUAAGAAUAAAAAAGAAACUAAUCAUAACAUGCAUGUAACAAAAUAACAUAUAGAAUGUGAUACUUCUAUUAGUUACACAAGCAGACAUGAAUUUUAACCCAGAAACGACAGUAUGCAAUCCCGAAAGUUUUUGGAAUGCUAAAACCAAAUCCGUAGCCCAAAUUGCUCCAUCACGUCAGGUUUCCAAGAUAUCUUAAGCUAAAAGUACUAAAAAGGCCUGGGCCUAUUUUGGGCAUUUUUAGAUUAAAAUUUCUCGUAAACGUGAUAUGAUGGAGAAAUAUAGGUAUGCUGGUUCGAAUUCGGCAUGAAAAAAUCUACGAAAAUCACCUAUAAUUAUAUAUAUAUCAGCACAGUAAAAUAAAAAAAAUAGAUAUAUUGCAAGAGUAUAUAUUCACCAGCUUUAAGGCACCUCUAAAUGAUAUGGCCAAUGUAUACGCCAACGUUGCACAUAUUCGCUAAAUAUUGAUUACAUUUAUUGAUUACAUACUGUCGUUUCUGGAUAAAAAAAAGAUGUUUUUUGUAGGCCUGUGUUAUUAAACAUGUCAAGUGAUAUUGAUCAGUCUGUUUUACAAUAUUAUACGCACAUAUAAUAUUGUGUACCUUCAUCAUUUAUCAUGUAUUUAUGUUAUAAAGGUUUAAUUUUUACAUAGUAUUUUUUGAGUAAAAUAUACCAAACCUUUCUACAUGAUAACCUCUCUUAAAAUAACAAUUCUA